AUGAGCAAGUACAUGUAUUCAACAGCUAAUUUAACUGAUAAAGAACUCAAAGAUCAGGGAAAUAGGCACUUCAAUAUGCGAAAAUAUGAGGAUGCUGUGACUUGCUACACCAAAGCGAUUAUUAAAAAUCCCACUAUGCCAACAUAUUUCACUAAUAGAGCUUUGUGUCAUCUCAAAUUAAAGAGGUGGGAUUCUUCAUGUCAAGAUUGUAGGAGAGCUUUAGAUAUGGACUCAACUUUAGUUAAAGGACAUUUCUUUUUGGGUCAAGCUUUGCUAGAGAUGGAGAAUUAUGAUGAAGCUAUUAAACAUUUACAGAGAGCAAAUGAUCUUGCAAAAGAGCAGAAAUUAAACUUUGGUGACGAUAUAGCUAGCCAACUAAGAAUAGCUAGAAAAAAGAGAUGGAAUGUUCAGGAGGAAAAACGUAUAACUCAGGAAAUUGAACUUCUUACUUAUCUUACAAGAUUAGUUCAUGAAGAUGCACAACGGCAAAUUGAAAAAGUGAAGGAGAAUAGUGAUGGUUUUUGUGGAGAAUAUUUGAAAGACAAAGUAAUGGAAAUCGAAUCAAAAUGUGAUAAUUAUAUAAGCGAAUUAAAUGCUCUGUUUGCCAAAGUCGAUGAUAGAAGACGUAAAAGAGAUGUUCCUGACUUUUUAUGUGGAAAAAUUAGUUUUGAAAUACUUCGUGAACCAGUUAUAACACCCAGUGGAAUAACUUAUGAACGGAAAGAUAUAGAGGAACAUUUGCAGAGGGUGGGUCACUUUGAUCCUGUUACUCGAGUGAAGUUAACUCAAGAUCAGCUGAUACCAAAUUUCGCUAUGAAAGAUGUUGUCGAUAACUUCCUCCAAGAAAAUGAGUGGGCAUUGGACUAUUAA